AUGCCACCCGCCAAGCGGAAGCCCGCCCAAUCGCCGCCGGUCAAGCUCGCUGCAGCGGUGGCGCCGAUGAGGGUCACUCGGGCCGCGGCCAAGCGUUCCGCCUCCGCCAGCUCCGAACCUCCGCCGGCAGAGAAGAAGGUCAAGAAGGCCAAGGGUAGUAGUGGUGUUAAGCAUAAGAAGAAGGAGAAAGAAACUGCUUCGGUUAAAGCAGAAGAAAAGGAGGAAAGAGAAGAAGAAGAAGAUGAAGAAGGUGCUUCCAGCAAGAUUAUCGUCGUUGAACACUGUAAGCAAUGUAACCAAUUCAAGACGAGAGCCAAUCUGGUGAAAGAACGUAUAGAGAAAGCGGAUUGUGGAGUCAGUGUGAUACUGAACCCUGAAAAGCCAAGAAGAGGUUGCUUUGAAAUACGGCAAGAAGGGGGAAAGAAGUUCAUCAGUCUCUUGGACAUGAAGCGACCAUUUAAACCAAUGAGGGAUCUCGACAUGGACAAGGUCAUUUCGGAUAUCAUCGAUGAGAUCUCAACGUCUUAG